AUGGAGGGUCUGGAUGAUGCGCAUCCGGUCGAGACCCGUUCGAGGCGAAAGGGCAGAGCCUCCCGGGCCAUGAAUGACGUGGAGGAGGUGGAGGCGGCCACGCAGACAGAGGACCAGCCUAUGGCUGAAGAAAUCCAGGACCCACCAGAGGACUACACAGAUGACGAGGAGUCUGUGGACGAUGAUGCUGUAUAUGAACCUGGGAACGAUGGCAUGGAGGAUGAAGAGGAUUGGGAGGAGAUAUGCAGCGACAAGGAUGUCGGGGCCGGCGACGCGGAUGCAGCCGCCACGCCCAUUUUCGCAACUGCAAACGCGGUGGAGGACGACACCGAGGCAGGGAAGGAACGCCUGAUAGAUGAGUUAAUGGAAGGCGAGGAGGACAACGGCGGGGAAGAAGACGCCAGUGGUUAG